UUUUCUUAGGUUCUAAGAUACAAAUACAAAUACGGAAAAGUGGGAGGACAUAUUUGCAAACUCCAACGAUCUCCAUAAAUCCCAGCUCGCUGGCGCUCUUUCUGGGUUUAGGGUUUACUGGCAUAAAAGGCUAGCUGUUAAAACUCCAUUAUUACUUAUUUACUCUGCGGAAUUGGACUCGCCGAUGGCUACGCCACUGGACCCAAUCGUCGAUUCACUUCUGAGCAGUUUCCGGCAAGUACCUCCGGCAGCAAUUCCGGCGAUGCUGGACUGUAUAUUGGCUUCAACAAACGCUGCUCCUUCAUCAAUUUUCUCUACUCUCCUCAACGAGUUUCCCACUUUCAGCAAGGGUAUAGUAGAUGGGAGCAAACAUUUGGAUUUGGAGCAGCGUAACUGUGUUGUUUCGUUUGUUAGUGCAAUUUGUCACCUUCUGAAGAAGUCAGGAGCUGAGACUAGAUAUAUGCAGUUAUUGAUUUGGAAAAUAUUUCUUCCCCUAAUGAAGCUGGUUCAUUCCAUUGAUCGUGAAUUAUUUAACAAGGUUGCAGGCAUGACUUUCAGUGUUGUCUCUGACACAAACAGUUGGGGGGUUGUUGAAGUAACCAUUAUCCCAUUUUUGUUAAGAUUGGUCAGACUAUCUAUGACUGAGAUUCAAAGUGAAGAGUUAGAUGCUUAUAAAUGGUGCCUGACUUCUAAUUAUUCAGAAGACUGGCAUUUGGAGCCACAGUGCACACUAAAUUUAUGUUCGCAGUUAAGAGACAACGAGAUAUAUGACAAUCUUGUGCAAUGCAAUCCUAACUAUUUGCCGCUGCCUAUUUCUUGUCAUAUUUUAACCUUGAUACUAGAUGCUGCUCAGCAAAGUUUACAUACAGUGAGAUCAGUAUCUGGAUUGGACUCCGUAGACGGAUGCUGCACUGAUAUAUUUUCUGCAAAGUUGCUCUGGGAUCUUUGCAAUAUUACAAUUCAAAUGCUUUCACAAAGCUUGGAGCAUCGGUCUUCUGCAAUUACCUUUUUGCUGCCCUCCAUAUUCAGAGCACUUGAUUCUCAUUCUGCUUUUGAAGUCUCAAUUAAUGGACAGAACUAUGUACUUUCUCGGAGAAGUAUUUUAGAGAAACUAUGGAAGAGUUGCAAGACAAUGUUUUCUUUGGGGCCCCUGGAGAGAAGAGAUGCAUAUUCUAUACUUUCUCUGUACCUGUCUUUCUUUACUUAUACUGAUGAAUGCCAGUAUAUUUAUAUGAGUAGCACGGCAGAAGUGUUUGAUUUGAGAUCAGAGAAACAAUUCUGGGAUGAAAUGAAAAAAGGCUUGGUUGAUAAAGAGAGCUCAGUGAGGAAGCAAUCUUUAUAUAUACUGAAGAGAACCAUAAAUUUAGACGAGAAAAACCAGUAUCAAACCACUGUUAAGACCAUAGACGAGAGAAGUUUAGUCUAUCGUGGUAUGACUAAAAGGGAAAGGUGGGCUGAGGAGGAAGCUAAGUCCCUGGGAGUUGGAAUAAUUAGCAACAAAAGUGAUUUCCUUUCCAGUUGCUACCAGAAAUGGGAGGCAUUCUUUCUUCUUUAUGAAAUGCUCGAAGAGUAUGGCACUCACUUGGUCGAAGCAGCAUGGAGUCACCAGAUGACCUUGUUGCUUCAUUCCUCUUUGUCUCCAGAGAAUUCAGUAAAAACUAUCAAUGGAAAUGCGUGCCGAACUUGGAUGGACAGUUUAGAAGAAAUUUUUGAGUGGUUAGCUGUACUGUGGGAACGUGGUUUUUGUCAUGAUAAUCCUCAAGUUCGGUGCUUGGUCAUGCGGUCAUUUCUGUGUACAGAGUGGACAAAAUACAAUCACUGCGCAAAGUUGGUUCCACAAAAUUUCGUUACUGGUUCACUUGUAGAAGGACUGAAUGAUCCUGUGCACAACAAAGAUUUUGGUGUAAGAGGAGUUUACUCUACCUGGACAAUUGAAGCUGCUGCCCAAUUUUUUUCCCAGUACAGUAGUUAUCUAGAUGAAAGGAAUCGGGUUGCUUUUCUGAAUAGUUUGGCUUCCAUUGCUAAGAGGCAAUCUUUUGGACGAGCUGGAUUAAUGUGCCUUACAAAGUGCAUUUCUUCAGCAGCUUAUGGUAUUGGACAAUGCGGUGAUAUAUCACCAGUCAUUUUGCAAGAUAAAUAUGCACAGGAGGAGUCUUACAUGAGUGAUAAAGCAGACUUGCUCGACAGUUUCCGAUAUAUUAUUGAAAGCACUAAACAACAUUUCAAUCCAUCUUAUCGGCACCAAGUUUGUGAGAACAUUCUAGCUGCUGCUGCUUCUGUGAUGAUUCCUCUUGAUAUUCCAAUUGAAACACUUCUACUUUUCAUUUCAAGCUUGCCGCGAGAAAUUACUGAUAAUGGAG